AAGUAUUUAUUGAACUUCUUGAUUACCAAAGAUUAUUUAAUUUUACGUAUAGGGGUCUCACAAUUAUUGUAUUAUCUAUAAUUCCUGCCAAUAUCAAUAAAUCUAUCCACUAUGGGAAUUGUGAAAAGAGGGGCUCUUAUAGUUAUUGAAGGUGUAGAUCGUUCGGGAAAAUCAACACAGUGUAAACGUCUAGUCAGUUCUCUGAAAGAGAAAAAUAUACCAGCGGAACUCAUGUGUUUUCCAGACCGAACCACAUCGACUGGGAAACUUAUUAGUGAAUAUUUGAGGAAUAAAGAGUGCAAAUUGAACGACCAAACCAUUCAUUUACUUUUCUCAGCGAAUAGAUGGGAAAACUUCGACAAAAUGAAGUCUCUUCUGUGCAAUGGAACCAAUAUAAUAGUCGACAGAUAUUCAUAUUCAGGAAUUGCUUUUUCUUCUGCAAAAAAUAAUAUGGAUCUGGAAUGGUGCAAAAGUCCAGAGAAUGGUCUGCUCAAGCCCGAUCUAGUAUUUCUUUUGACUCUAAGUCAAGAGGAAGCAUCAAAAAGGCCAGGAUUUGGUGACGAACGUUAUGAAGAAAAGAGCAUGCAAGCCAAAGUAUCUGAGAAGUUUUUAAAACUGGUUGAUGAGAAAGAUAACUGGCAGGUUGUUGAUGCAUCUGGAACCCUUGAUGAGGUACAAGAUGUCCUUGUUGAAUCAACUCUUGCAAAACUUGAAAAAGUUUCUUCAAGCCCACUACAGUAUUUUUGUUUUCAAACAAAAUAGUUUAUGUUAACUAAAUAUUUAUUUUUAUAUCUUAAGCAUAACUUUGUUAGUUUCUUUGUACCAAUUGCAUUUAAAAAUUUGAGCUGUUUUUAGAUUUAAAUUGUGUCUCUUUGAAUGUCUAUACAUUUAUAUAUUUAUAUGUGCUCGACUUCAGUGCCCCCAGAUCUUUUAUAAGAAGCAUAAUUUCCUCUAAAGUUAGAAGAAAAUAGAAUACGAAAAUAUAUUUACAUUGUUUAUUUUUAAAAUCGGCAAAUAAAGAUAUAUUUACACUGAA